CCCCAGCCAAGACGGGGCUCCGGUGCGCCCGGCCGAGCGUGGGAUCUCGCUGGGCUCGCCUGCCGCCGCUGCCGCGCGUCCGAGCUGCCGCCAGCUUUCCCCGCUCGCUCUUUCCAUGGCAUUCCUGAAUGGCUGACUGCGGGCUUUUUUCGAUUUGGCCCCCAGACACCCGCCUCUCUCCCUGCAACUCCGGCCGGCUCCAAGAGAGAGAGGGAGGGGGACACCUUUGAAGAGAAGCGCGCCUCUCUCUCUCUCUCUCUCUCUCUCUCUCUCUCUCUCUCUCUCUCCCCUCAGCCACCCCCUUUUGUAUUUUUUUUAACUUUUCUUCCUCUCUUGCUACCAGACAAUCGCCUCGAACCUGCCUCCUCCUCCUCCUCCUCAGCUCCCCUUCGCCCCCUCUUUUCUUUCUUUCUCUCACUCUUUUUCUUUUCCCUCUUUCCCCCCUUUUUUCACUCCACUUUUUCUUUCUUUCUUCCUUUCUUUUUUUUUGGGGGGGGUGGCCCGCAUUAUUGACUACUUUGGCAUCCUUGCAAGGACAGGGGUGGGGAAAGAAGCAAAUAUAAAGAAAGAAAGAACAGGACAUUGAAUUAAAUUUAAAAGGAAAGACCAGAGGGGGAAAAGAAAAGGAAAAAAAAAAUAAGAACGAGAAAAUACACCACUGAGGAACUUCUAAGAAGGAGAGAAAGAAAGCAAAGCUUGCCAACGCGAACUAGGAAAGAGAACGAGAAAGGCAAAAGAAAAAGAAAGGGAAAAGAAGGGAACAUUAAAUAAAAGUGGACAACGUUCUGUAUAGCUCUUUAGAUCUCUCUCCAGGCCACUUCGCAAGAGGAACAGCCGUUGGGAGAAGCGGAUCCACUGGCAACAGACAGCUACGGGGGGGCGAGCGAUUUGGUCAAGGUGUCCCUUAGAUAUGGCAAUGGUAGUUGGUGCGUGGCGAGACCCGCAGGACGAUGUAGCCGGCCCGCAAGGGACGCAGCCUUCCCAAGCUCCCCCUGUGCCGGGACCUCCGACGGGAGCCCCCCACACCCCGCAGACGCCGGGCCAAGGGGGCCCCCCCAGCACUCCGGCUCAGACCAACCAAGGCACUCAGCAGAGCCAAGGCGACAAGCAACAGCAACAGCAGCACAUCGAGUGCGUGGUCUGCGGGGAUAAAUCCAGCGGCAAGCACUACGGGCAAUUCACGUGUGAAGGCUGCAAGAGUUUCUUCAAGCGGAGCGUCCGCAGGAACCUCAGCUACACGUGCCGCGCCAACCGGAACUGUCCCAUUGACCAGCACCACCGUAACCAGUGCCAAUAUUGUCGCCUCAAAAAAUGCCUGAAGGUUGGCAUGAGACGGGAAGUUUCUUCCUUAUUUACUGCAGCCGUCCAGAGGGGCAGAAUGCCACCCACACAGCCGACCCACGGCCAGUUCGCCUUAACCAACGGGGACCCGCUGAAUUGCCAUUCGUACCUCUCCGGAUAUAUCUCCCUGUUGCUGAGGGCAGAGCCUUACCCGACCUCCCGCUUCGGCAGCCAGUGUAUGCAACCCAACAACAUUAUGGGCAUCGAGAACAUUUGCGAAUUGGCCGCCCGCAUGCUUUUCAGCGCCGUCGAGUGGGCCCGGAAUAUCCCCUUUUUCCCCGACCUCCAGAUCACAGACCAGGUGGCCCUGCUGAGGUUAACCUGGAGUGAGUUGUUUGUCCUCAAUGCCGCCCAGUGCUCUAUGCCCCUCCACGUCGCGCCCCUCCUCGCAGCCGCCGGCCUCCACGCGUCGCCCAUGUCCGCCGACCGCGUGGUCGCCUUUAUGGACCACAUACGAAUCUUCCAAGAGCAGGUCGAGAAACUUAAGGCCUUACACGUGGAUUCGGCGGAAUACAGCUGCUUGAAGGCCAUCGUCCUCUUCACCUCAGAUGCGUGUGGUCUUUCCGACGUAGCCCACGUUGAAAGUUUACAAGAGAAAUCCCAGUGCGCUUUGGAAGAGUACGUGAGAAGUCAGUAUCCUAACCAGCCCACGCGAUUUGGAAAACUGUUGUUACGUCUCCCAUCUCUUCGCACCGUCUCUUCCUCAGUCAUAGAGCAAUUGUUUUUCGUCCGUUUGGUAGGUAAAACCCCCAUAGAAACCCUUAUCAGGGAUAUGUUACUUUCUGGAAGCAGUUUUAACUGGCCUUAUAUGGCCAUCCAAUAAGGAAAAAAAAUGAUGGAGAGAGGGGGGGGAACACCCCACCCCACAAAUCUGAGAAUUCGAAAAAUAUAUAUAUAUGGAAAUUUGGAAACCAGUUUUGCCAGUGACAUUGGGGUCUGGCGGAUGUUUUGUCCUUCAGCUAAGCAAUGAUGUUACACCUUGGCUAAAAGAAGAGAGGAGAAUAAUUUGAAUGGACUAUGAAUUUUAAAAACAGAGACUUGUUAAAUGAACUUUUUACAGAAUGCAUUAAGAACUCCCUUGUCGUUCAGAAGUUACUACUUCUCUCUCUCUCUCUCUCUCUUUCUCUUUCUUCCUCUUUCUCUCUCUUUUGCUGUUUAAACAAAGGGAAAAAAGGAAAUUGUUUGUUUUUCUUUUUUUCUGGGGGGGUGUUAAACUCUGAAACACAAUCUCUUGCUAAAAGUGCAUUUAAAGGAAAUAUGGAGAAAAAUAACAGAAUGGAAGAAAGUUACUCUCUCUUUUCCAAAUUAUUAAUUUGUCCUAUAUUGUCUGUGUACCUAUAGGGUUUUGUUUUGGAUUUUUUAUUUUUAUUUUUGGGUAUUUUUUCUGGUUCCAAACCAGUUUAUUCUGUGGUUCUAUAAUAAUUUUGAUAUAAUCUUGGCUUCAUUUAAAAAAAAAAAAAAACACACCUGUGUAUCCUUUAAAAACAUAUGUUCUUAAAGAAUUAAAACUGUUUUGGAAAGGUUUAUGAGAAGAACAUAAAAGAAAUGAAAAAGCCCCCCCAAAUACUAGGAAAGACAGAAGCGCACUUAAAACUGGUCAGCGAAAAUUUAGCUCCAAGCUACCACAGCUAUAAUUAUAGAGACCCAAAUGAAGAGAACCACAAUGACCCCCCCCCAUACACACAGCCCACCCACCCUUGACUAGUUUUUUUUAUAUAUAUAUUUUAAAGACAAAGCGUGGAUUUUGGAAGGGAAUGGGUAUUUCUUGGAGGGAGAUGGAAUUGUGUCUAAGACACAACACGGUUUUGAUGAAAACACACAUACACACAUGCACACAAAACCACACACAGAGACUCAUCACAAAGUGAACUUUUUUGUAAUUUGAAUGAAAUUGGGUUCCGCCUAGUUGUCCUGAAUUGUUACCGAGUUCCUCUAUCUGUUUGUAUAUUUGCAAGCUCUUUGUAUUAUAAUACUUGUUGAUAUUUUCCCUUUUUUUAAAGAAAAAAAAAGAAAAAAAACCAUUGAAUUCAGCAUGACAAAAAAAUAACACUACUGUUGGCACUUAUAGAUAACGUGGUUGAUUCAGUAUCUUAGAGUUUACAGUUUUUGUGUUUUAAAGAAAAAAAAGCUGAAGGUUUUUUUUUUAAGUGCAACAUUUCUGUAUACUGUAAAAGUUAUAAUAACUGAAAACUGUUUGGUCCAGUCUUUGUGUGUUAUAUUCCAAGGAAAAAAUUGAAAGUAUUCAGAAAUUAAAAUAUUAUUUGAUAUCUGACAAU